ACGGUCGUAAUACGGUCCAUGGAAAUACGGCGAAUUUACGGCCGCUUACGGCCGUAAAAUCGCCGUAUACGGCAGUAUACGACGCCGUAAACGGCCGUAAAAUCGCCGUAUACGGCAGUAUACGACGCCGUAAACGGCCGUAUACUGCCGUGUCUGGUUGCUGUAAUGCUCGUUCUGGGUUUCUUUGAUUGUAUAAUUGAAUGUCUUUUGCUGCUUUUGCAAAGAAGAAAGUGUAAUGUCGUCGUCUACAUCGAUUCAGUAGCUACACGCUCUUGUAAAAGUUUUUUUUCUGCUUUGCUAGUCAAAAAAAAAAUUUUCAGAAUCGAGCAGUGCGACACACCGCUCCUCCCCUUUAGUUACAUCCUGUGUUUGUGACCACAGAUUUCCUUUCUCUCUUUAAAGAACAAAGCAAUGAAAAUUUUAUUAGUACAUCGAGCUGAAGCAGUAUUUAUUCGGUAUUGUAUCCGUAUAAGGCAUGUGCACAUAGACAAUAUAAAAUUAUUGCAGCCAUAUGGUCGAUAGAAUUUCGAUGACUUACGGUACGAUGACGACCAUGACUGUGACCAAGAAAUAUUGAUGACGCCGAUAUCUGGUCGAAUGGCUUCUUCAGAAAUUGCCAGAGAGUGGAAAUGAAAAAACAAAUUCCUUACGAGGUCUUUGAAACUCGCUAAAGAAUUCAAUAAGAAGUGCAUAGCUUCUAUGUUUUAAAUUCAAGCACGAGUUCUGAAAAGCUAAUCUAUCAAAAAUAGAAUUUAAAAUGCGAUUUCAAAGAUUGAUAGAUCUGGUUUCGUAACUCUGUCAUUAGAUAAGAGAAUCUUCUCUAACAAGUAAAGUACAUUGGUACAUGGAAUAGGAAGAAUACAUUUUCGAAUAUAUGGAAAAUAUUAUAUUUUGGAACGAUUUCUAUCAAUGCGAAACGUACUGUAUCAGAAUCAUAAUUGACUUACAACAUCAUAUAAAAUCAAUAAUUCUUUUAUUCAGUACAUUUUUUGUUGCUAUAGAAGUGCAGAAUUAUUUUGUCUAUUAACUACGAAGGGCAUCAUUUGACCGUUUGAAAUUACAUUGAAUAAAUACAGAAUGAAAAACAUCAAUGCUUUUUAAAUACAAUAAAAAAAAUUCAGUAAUAUUUUAUAACAAUGACAAACAUCACUUUAUCUAAUGAAAUAUCUUCAUAUGAUACUCAAGGUGCUAUCAUAUUUAUCUUUGGUGUUAUAGUUCGGUAUGCUAUUGGAUUUGGUCUUAUUCUUAUUGAUAAGAUUGAUCCACGAUCAUAUCAUAUAAAAAGAUAUAGAUAUACAAAUAUUUAUAAAGCAGUUAAUGAUUUAUAUGAAUAG